AUGACAGAUUUUCAGCCUCUGCAGCAGAAGCCUGAUUCUGCUGAUUCUCAUGCUGAUUUUGAGCAUGGCUUGGAGAACUUUAUGCGUGGUCAGUUGGAUGAUUGUAUGUCAUUUGCUUCAUGUAGCUCUUCCCGGGCACCGGAAGAUGAGGACGAUGAGAGUGAUCAGCUAGUUCGGAGGAGAAGGAGGUCUGAUCUUGAAGGGGAUGAUUUAGCAGAGUCGUCAGCAGCACGGAGGCGCCAUUCGCGCAUUUUGAGCAGAUGGGCUGCCCGGCAGGCGCAGGAGAUGAUAACUACUAUUGAAAGAAGGAAUAGAGAGUCGGAGUUGAUGGCGCUUGCAGGGUUACAUACCGUGUCCAUGUUGGACUCGUCUUUUUUGAGGGGGUCGCAGUCUCCUACUUCUGGCCAGGAGGGGACUGUAGAGAGGCCGAGUACUCAGGCAUCUUCUAUUCUGCAGAUGUGGCGUGAGUUAGAGGAUGAACAUUUGUUGAGUCGGGCGCGUGAAAGGAUGAGGGAGAGGUUGAGGCAGCAAAGGAGUUCCGAUGCUAAUACCAAUGUGUCAAGUACCAUGUCUGACAGUCGAGGCAGUGAGAAUCGAGGGAGUUUGGGGGAUGCAAGUGAGAGUGAAAAUGAUUAUGGUACGUGGUCACAUGAUCAGAUUGGAUCAAGGAAUGGACACGUGAAUCGUAACGGGUCUAGCAGGGAACAAUCUCCCGAUCUUGGCGAAGUUGAGAGGGAGAGAGUUAGACAGAUUGUUAGGGGAUGGAUGGAAAGUGGUAUUAGUGAUCAUUCAUCAAAUGUGAGCCAGAGAAACAACAACCACAGAUCAGAAUGGCUUGGAGAAACAGAGCGUGAGAGGGUAAGAAUUGUCAGGGAAUGGGUGCAAAUGACUAGCCAGCAGAGAGGUUCACGCGGGAGCCGUAGGGAUGCUCAAGCAAACGAAUCUGCUCAAGCUGCUCGGACCCGUGAUAUGGCAGCUGACCAUGAUGAGGGUCAGCCAGAGCAUGUUCGGCGGGACAUGCUGAGGUUGCGUGGAAGACAGGCUCUAGUUGAUUUGCUUGUUAGGGUAGAAAGGGAAAGACAAAGAGAGCUGCAGGGCCUGUUGGAGCACCGUGCUGUUUCUGAUUUUGCUCAUCGCAAUCGUAUUCAGUCGUUGCUCAGAGGCAGAUUCCUUCGAAAUGAAACUGUUGAAGAUGAAAGGCCUCCUUCUACAGCUGCAAGUGAAUUAGUUCAGUUACGACAGCGGCACACUGUCUCUGGUAUAAGGGAGGGGUUUCGUUCAAGAUUAGAAAAUAUUGUUCGCGGUCAAGCCGACACCAAUCCUGAUGCCACGACAAAUAGUAACAAUGAUGAAACAAGACAUGAUGAGAACCAAUCAAUCAAUAUCGUAGACGCUCAACAAGAAAAUCACAACCAAGAGCAGAUUAGGGGCCCAGAAACUGAUGCACGUCAGUUGCCUAAUCAAACAAGAACUUUGGAGAGUAGCACCAGUGAGACUAUUAGUUGGCAAGAAGCUAGUAAUCAAGGAGGGGAUUGGCAGGAACAGAUUACCGAAAAUAGGGGAGAAGACUGGCAGCAGAGAAUUAAUGGUCCGUUUAAUCAGCUCAGAGAUGGAAGGGAAGCCAGUGAUUGGCCACAGGAAACUCCCAGAAAUUCAGCUGGAGAUGACCCACAUCAACAGGAAGCUCAAAGAGUUUGGCAGGACAAUAACACAAGGGAAGCUGGUGGUAAUUGGCCUGAAGAACCUUCUGCAGCCUCAAGGAAUCGCCGUGGUGUUCCUUUUAGAAGAUUCAACAGAUUUCACCCUCCUGAUGAUGAUAAUGUAUACAGCAUGGAGCUUAGAGAGCUUCUGAGCAGGAGAAGUGUAUCUAACCUUCUUCGCAGUGGUUUCCGCGAAAGUCUGGAUCAACUAAUACAGUCAUAUGUUGAAAGGCAAGGUCGUGCUCCAGUUGACUGGGAUUUGCAUCGAAACUUGCCCACAACGACUCCUGCCUCGCCUGAACGAGACCCUGAACAGCAGGGUGAUGAACGUAAUGAGGGUCAGCAUGAAGCAAUUAACAGGCCUUCACUAGUGUUUCCUCCUCCACCCAUACCACCGCCACAACCUCUGUGGCACCAAGACUUGCACCAAACUGGAUGGUCUCGUCAUACCAUGCAUCGCUCUGAAAUCGAAUGGGAGAUAAUGAAUGAUUUAAGAUCAGAUAUGGCAAGACUUCAGCAAGGCAUGAAUCACAUGCAGAGGAUGUUGGAAGCCUGCAUGGAUAUGCAACUAGAAUUGCAGAGAUCUGUCAGACAGGAGGUCUCUGCAGCUCUGAACCGCUCAGCUGGCGAAAAUGGAUUGGGUGCUGAGACAUCUGAUGAUGGGUCUAAAUGGGCGCAUGUGAAAAAAGGAACUUGCUGUGUUUGUUGUGAUAACCACAUUGAUUCGCUUUUGUACAGAUGUGGACACAUGUGCACAUGUUCAAAAUGUGCCAAUGAGUUAAUUCGUGGAGGAGGCAAGUGUCCUUUAUGCCGAGCACCAAUUGUUGAGGUGGUCCGAGCAUAUUCCAUACUGUAA